AUGCCUCUUGUGGAGCUGUGGGGCUCUCUUCUCGUCCUCGGCACUAUUGUUUUCGCAUGGCAGUAUUUGGAGAUACGCAAGGCCAAGAAUGCCUUGCGAAACAUCCCUGGUCCCCCUCCAGCAUCAUUUCUGACAGGUAGCAUACCCCAAUUCUUUUCUCGCGGCAGCACAGAUUUCCAGCGGCACGUGGCAUUUGACUAUGCUCCCGUCGCCAAGCUGUGUGGUAUGUUCGGCCGGCCCAUAUUGUACGUCUCUGACCCGAAAGCAUUGCACACGGUCAUGAUCAAGGACGAACCCAUGUUUCAGGAGCCGGAUGCAUUCAUUUCGAUGAAUAUCCUGGUGUUCGGACGUGGACUAGUUUCGACUCUAGGCGAAACACACCGCAAACAGCGCAAGCUGCUCAACCCAGCAUUCUCUAUCAAGCACAUGCGCCACAUCAUUCCCAUCUUUUACAGCGUGGUGCACAGGCUUCGAGAUGGAAUCGGGAAGAAAAUCGCCAGCGGGACCGAGGAAAUCGACAUGCUAGACUGGAUGGGCCGCACGGCGCUUGAGCUGAUAGGCCAGGGUGGCCUUGGAUACUCCUUCGAUCCCCUUGUCAACGACACGCACAACGAGUACGGCCAAGCUUUGAAAUCUCUCCUCCCGACCAUUGCCAAUCUCCCCAUAUUGCGGCUCAUAGUUCCCUACCUCGUAAGGCUGGGGCCUGCCGCCUUCAGGCGCUUCGCGCUCAACCUCGUGCCGGACAGCGAUGUCCAGAGGGUGAAGCGCGUCGUCGACACCAUGGAUUCGCAGUCGCGUAUGAUAUUCGAGAAGAAGAAGGCUGCGCUUCUUCAGGGCGAGGAGGCCGUCUUGCAGCAGGUGGGAGAAGGCAAGGAUAUCAUCAGCAUCCUAAUGCGAGCGAAUGCUUCCACCUCCGAGGCGGACAGACUGCCCGAGGACCAGAUCAUUGCCCAGAUGUCAACCCUUGUCUUUGCUGCGACGGAUACGACAUCGAACACGUUGGCCCGCAUCUUGCAGUUGUUGGCAGAGCACCCCGACGUGCAGGAGAAGUUGCGCACUGAGAUCCUAGAUGCGCGCGCAGGGGAGCCCUUGUCAUACGAUGAACUCGACCAACUUCCCCUACUCGACAGCGUGUGUCGGGAGACAUUGCGACUGAAUCCGCCUGCUCAGAUCAUCUCACGUGUUGCCGACCGAGACACUAUCCUCCCGCUGGCCGAGCCUAUCGUAGGAGUCGACGGCCACUCGAUCACCGAGAUCCCUGUGGUCAAGGGGACUGAGGUUAUGAUCGGAAUCCUGGGCUGCAACGCGAGCACACUGCUCUGGGGCGCAGACGCGCACGAAUGGAGGCCCGAGAGGUGGCUGUCCCCCCUCCCGGGCAAGGUCACGCAGAACACCAUCCCCGGUGUCUACGCUAAUCUGAUGACGUUUAUCGGCGGCAAGAGAGCGUGCAUCGGCUUCAAGUUCUCCGAGAUGGAGAUGAAGGUUGUCUUGUCGGUCUUGCUGACAAACUUCACCUUCGAGUUGACGGGCAAGCCCAUUGUGUGGAACGUCGCUGGUGUACGCUACCCCACGGUGGGCAGCGUGAGCAACCGGCCUCAGAUGCCGCUGAAAGUGCGGCUGUAUCAGGGCGCGAAAACAUAA